AUGGGCCGCCGAAAGAUUGAAAUCCAGCCCAUCACGCGCAAGAACGGCCUCUUCAAGAAAGCAUACGAGCUCGGCGUCCUCUGCUCCGUCGACGUCGCCGUCAUCAUCUUUGAGGAACGCCCAGGCCACCAUGUCAAGCUCUACCAGUACUGUUCCACCGACGUCCACAGCAUGGUCCAGCGUCAUAUCAGGUUCGACGGUGAGAAAGACACCCGCACACCCCAUGACUUCAGCAACAACAAAACCGAAGAGGCCGCGGACGAUGACGACGAUGCCGACGACGACGACACCAACCGUGUACCCAAGGCUCGUCGUGACUCUAUCCCUUCCAAACAGGGCAAGAUAAAGACGGAGAGCACCAGUGGUAGCAUUCGCCCAGCACCGCAGUCCAGUAACGAUGCGUCGAUGUCGAUAGACCUAGAGUCUUAUCGCGCCGUACGGUCCCCCUCGAACAACCCGGCCACUGCCCUCCCUAUAUCUGGCGAGCGACAUGGUGCAUCGGCACCAUCGUCCACCCCGCGGGGACCAACAGUCGCUGCCAAGCGUCCACGACUCGCCGACGACCCCCAUCCUGUCCACAGCAUCCCUGCCAUCCCUCAAAGCCUCAACAUCGCCGCUCUAGGGGCGAACCCGCCUUCGUACCCCUACCGACUCGAGGUGGACAUGAGCCAAUACCCGGUGCAGAGCCACAUCACCCCACUCUCCUCCAUUCCUCCUUCACAUAGCGUCGCUCAUCCAUCUCUGCAAAGCACCAUCUACAGCGGGAGCGGGGGCAGUAUGCCGAGCUUGCUCACUCAUCAAAGUGCUCCGCCCGGCUUCCUUCCGCAGGUCUCACAUUCGCCGUUUGACCUCUCGCAUCAGACGCACCAUCCUCACCAUCCUUCACUCCGCACAGUGCCUUUCCAGUCGCACUCGUCGUCACCAUAUGCAUCGCAGCAGCAGUCGCUUCCCCUGCAAAGUGUAUAUAUACCGCAUCGGGCACCGCCGCAACAGGUGCAGAAUACUGGCGCCGCUGGGAUGGCCGUGGAGCUUUUGGGUGACCAGGGCAGUGGGCAUCCAUCGCAGCAGUUCCAGCCAUUCGACUGGCCCGUGCAUUCGCAGCAUCCACAGCAAGGCGACGGCAAUUCAUCGCAGAACAACCCGGACGGAAAUUGGUUCGACUUCCUCUCCGGAGGCCCUUCGCAGAACAACCCUGGCCCGGGUGCGAGCCUCUUCCCGACGCACACGCGGCCCGCGUCGAACAGCAUCAGCAGCACGCGGUCCAUGGCCAGCUACGCGCUGCCGCCCUCGCACUCGUCCAGCGCGUCCCCGGCACUGGGGCAGAAGCGCCCCCGGGAAGAGGAGCCCGCGCCGGGCGUCGGCGUGGGUCCAGGCGUACCUGGCGUUGACUUUGGCGACGUGCGCGGGCGCGGGCGCAGCGCGGACCGCGCGCCUGGGAUCGCAGAGGUGCGGCGGGGCGUCUCCGUGGACAAGGUCGCCACUUGA